UUGCAAAAUCUGCAACAAUCACAUCUUCCUGUUGGUGAUGUCGUUUUGGGCGAUUCUAUACCACGUGAAGUUGUGUUCAAAGUUGAGGCAAACGAUGGCGAAGUUUAUGAUGUCCUUUGGCUGUCAGUGGAAAUGUUUGCUAGUGGAGGUAGCGAUAAACGGGUUCGCUUGUGGAGAGUCGAUCAUCGAGGAAGGCCUUCAAAAAUGUGCACGUUGGUUGGAUGCAACCAUUCAGUGACGCGCCUCGAUUUCGACAGCGAAUCGCGGCUUCUGCUCGGCGCCAGUAAUGACAAUGGGGUUCGCUUAUGGAAUGUGGAUAAUCAGCGACUCAUAACCUCAUUCAUGGGACAUACGGAUAAAGUGUCAUCGGCUCGGUUUUUAUCAUCUACUCAAGUAGUUUCUGGAUCGAACGACCGCCUUAUAAAGUUGUGGGAUGUGAGGAGUCAACGAUGCAUCCGCUCCGUUUUCCCAGGUUCUACGAUCCUUGACAUUGCGGGAAUCAAAAAGGGUGUGGCAACAUUCAGUUCAGGUUGGUUUGCUAGCACUUUCGGCAAUUGGCAUGAGUAG